GCUGAUAUAAUCCCAACAGAAACGAUACAAUUUCUUGUACUGAGUUUUGAGUCCAAUUGUGUGGGCUUGACGGUGAAGACUUCUUACUGGGUCCAAAGAGAAUAACAAGUACAAGCCACAAUCUCAAGCAUAAAAGGAUUGGGUCAGGAAUAGUUUGAAUGAAAGGAAAUCUUAUCAGUUUCAAUAAGAGAAGGCAGGGUAUCUAUACCUUGUAAUCCAACUGUAUAGAGGUGUGGAAAGCAAUCUUAGAGGGUACAACCACAGUUAAAGGAAGGUAUAUCAACUGUCUUGUAUAUUUGAGUCGAUCUUGUAUGUUGUAAGACUUUAAAUACAAUCAGGUGUAGAAUGCGAUGUUAUGAUCUCAAAUCUAAGAUUUUUCAUUUGUUGUUAGAGUGAUCUAUCAUUGAAUUAUUGGGUUUUUUAAGAACCAAUCAAUUUUUUAUUUUUUAUCAGAAUGUGGCUUAUUUUCAACAAGAUAAGAGUUUGAUUCGCAGAGCAAUUGCUAUGAUCUAAAACACAAUCAAGUGUACAACACAGUGUUUGGUCUCAAAUCUACGAUCUUUUUUUUGCUGUUAGAGUGCUCUAUUGAUUUCUUGAGAAUUAAUCAAUCUUUGAUCCGAACGUGACUUAUUUCCAACAAGAUAAAAGAGUGAAUUGCAGAGCUUAGAUCUAAGCUCUGUUAAAAAGAAAAGCAUGGUUAACAUGGAAAUUUCUCCUCUUUUGUUGGUUCCAGAGGAGGAAGAGCCCUUAGAAAGGCCAGAUGUGGAGAAUAAACUCACUCGUUCACUCAGCUGCUUUGGUUGUUGUUUUGGAAAACCAGAAGAUGGACGUGAGAAGUGGUGGAUGAAUGGUGGGUUGUCACAAAGUAUAAAGAGGGCAAAAGAAUACUCUGGAUCUGUUAUUGUUGAGGCUGGGAAUUAUUGCUGUGGAGGAAAGACAUGGAAAACUGUGGUUCACAGGUUGAGAAAUAAAGAUAAUGGCAGAAGCAAAAAAAGAGGCCAGCGAUUUCAAUAUGAUUUGCCCAGUUAUGAGCUUAAUUUCGAUGAUGGGUCUAAAGAGGAGAUGGGUUUGCCCUAAAUCCAGAAAAGCCCAGUCCAGUUAGCUCUUUAUUAUUUACAGUGCCCUAAUCAGUUCCAACUAUUUUGUUGGUAAAUCUACAUUUACAGGGAAGUCGACACAGUAUUUCUUUUUGUGAAGUACUUUGGCUUGAUCAUUCUUUAUUUGUUUGUAAAUAAGCGAUGAAUAAUAAAGUACAAUGACAGUUAAGGUUGUCAGAUUGUUUA